AUGGCAGAAGUAAAGCCAAAACUUCGUCGAGUUGUUACAUUUACCAAAAAUAAUCACCGCUGGUCCAGGACAUUCGAUGAAAAUGAUUUGAGGAAAGACGAAGAACCGAAAAACAAAGGUCAUGAGAGAGUUGAAACUGACAGAAAAGAUGUUUCUGAUAAUGGAUCAAAAAAUGUUGCAUUUAAACGGAGUCAGACGAUGAACUGA